UCGGCCUCCCCUUCCCUUCCCACCACCGGGUGCAUGUACAUCUAUCAACCCCGUAACCAUCUAUCGUACUUGUCGAGCCUGCCACACUCCUUUCGAACAUCCCCGUAUCAAAGUUAUACAGUCCACCAUGAUCAUCCUCACCAUCGUUCGUCACGGAGAAUCGACCGACAACCUCAAGGCUCUCUGGGCAGGCUCGUCCGAUGCUCCCUUGUCAAGCCAUGGGAUGAACCAAGCGAAAGCACUUGGGAAAUCCAUGGAGGACUACCACAUCGACGCCAUCUUUGCUUCGAACCUCUUGCGAGCGACGUGGACCGCUCAACAGGUCCACCGACAGCAAAAGACGGAUCCGAAACCACCCUUGACUCUCUCGCCUCUGCUUCAGGAACAACACUUUGGCAAGGCCGAGAGACAACCUUGGACGGGGACCGAGGGUGGCAAGGGUUACUACCGACAACCGGGGAGGACGUUCAAGUUUCCGAACGGAGAGUCGUUGAGCGAUGUCAGAGAUAGGGCUGACGAGGCUAUCGCUUCCUUUAUCGAACCCAUCAUGCGCCAGGCUCGGGGCAAGGGCCGAGACGAGGCGCCUCGCGUCUUUGUCGUCGCCCAUGGCAUCUUCAACGCCGAGCUGCUGGGCGCUUUUUUGGCUCGACGAGCACCACACGAAGAACCUGUACACUGGAAGGGAGGCGGGAUGACGAACACGGGAUGGACUCGGAUCGAGGUCGGGUACGAGGACGAGGACGAGCCGGAAGAGACGAGCAAGGUGGCUGCCAUCGCCAGUCCAUCGAGCGGACCCGAGACGAACCCGUCGUCUACCGAGCCCGGAGCGCCCGCGCUCAGGAGGACCGAGAAGAAGCCUUACCUGCGGGUCAAGAUCUUGUGCACCAACGUGUCGACCCAUCUUGACGGUCUCAAGCGACAGGGAGGCGGAGUCGGCUCGGCCGCGUACGACGCCUCGCAAAAGGGGAUCAGAGAGUUUUUCGGGGGUGGGGGGACGUCGUCGACGUGAGCGGUGGGGCGCGCAGUUGGGCGAGAAGAAACGAUGCAAACUGAUUGAUCACAGCGCUAGCAGCGGACGAGGUCGCAUGUAUAUAUACAGACGAGAGAUGCUUUAUCGACAUGCUUUACAGACGAGAGAUGCUUUAUCGACAUGC